AUGUCUUCGCUGAAUGACAUCCGCGGUCGACUUGCACUAAUCACCGGUGCUUCCGGAGGGAUUGGUGCAGCUUGUGCGCGCCAGCUGGCCGAGCGCGAAGUCCAUCUGGCUUUGACGUACUCAUCUAAUUUGGCUGCAAUCACAUCUCUCAAGGAUGACCUAGCAUCAAAAUAUCCUACGCUGCGUAUCACCAUUCACCAGGUCGAUGUUGGAUCUGCUGAACAAAUCGAGGCCAUGUUUGUGCAAAUCGAUGAGCAACAUGGUCAACGCCCUGAUAUCCUCGUCUCAAAUGCCGGCCACGGCAAGCGCUUCCCACAAAUCUGGGAUAUCACGCUUGAGGAAUUCGACUACACGUUGAAUGUCAACCUUAGGGCUUCCUUUAUCCUGUCGAAGGGAGUCGUCGAGCAUAUGAAGAAUCAGCGAUGGGGCCGAAUCGUAUUUAUGUCCUCAAUUGCCGGCUACGGAGGAGGUAUCAAUGGUUGCCAUUAUGCCGCCUCAAAGGCCGGCAUGACCGGUAUGAUGCGGAAUCUCUCCACCCGACUGGCUGAGUUCAACAUCAGUGUGAAUGACGUAGCGCCUGCUAUUAUCGGUGAUACAGGGAUGGUCCCCAACGCUGAGUCGGUGCCUGAAAUUGCCGCAAGUAUUCCCCUCAGGCGUGUCGGCACUCCAGAGGAGGUUGCGAAUGUGGUGACGAUGCUUGUGACGACGGGUUACAUGACGGGGCAGAGCUUGCUGAUCGCAGGUGGUUUGAAAUAG